CACUAUUUUUUGUUGAUAACUUUGAGCUGUCAAGCAAAAAUAAAUUGCAUUACGCUGUCGCUAUUUUGUUUACCCACAUUUCCAUUUAGAAACAACAAAAAUACACAAAAAUGCACGAAUUUCUGUUAAACAUUGAUAACAAAGAAAUCCUUAUCGAAAUUCUUCAUUUGUCCAUCGAUUAUCUCAUCGGAAACUGCGAUGACAUAUCAACCAUAAACAAAUCCUCCCACAAGUAUGGUUUCUCCGAUCCCGAUGACUUCCAUUCGGCCCUACAGACAAUCGCUUACGCCUACAAAUGCUACUGCCUCAAAGCAAUAACCGAGACUGAAUUGCUUUCGAAUUUCGCCCACAUGAAUCCGGAUCUCCAGCAGUCGAUUGUCGAAGUCUUCAAAACCAGGCAACCGGAAAUUGUUGAAUUCCUCCUGCGACAGCACAAUUCGAAACAAGACAAGUUGGUAGAGUCAUUCGAUUGGGAUGUGCGAUUUGUAAUGGGUGAUAGUAGUUUACUUACAAGACGACGUCAAUUGACGACAGUCACAUUGAAUUGUCUAGAACCAGGCGGGGACAGAAGCUCAGUACAUUUUCAGAUGAACACUGACAAGUUGGACGAGCUAAUCAAAGUUCUAGAGAAAUGUGAAGCUUCCAUAGUAACAUCAUCAUCAUCAUCAUCUCCAGGUGUGCCAGAAAUUCAAAGUAAAGAAAAGUAGAGUAGAGUGUUGAUUGGGAAGGAAGGAAGCUAAUCCGCCAUAUAUGUAAAACUGUAGGAAUUAAAAUUUUAGACAAGAGUGUGUGAUGUGUGCUUCUUCGGGGUGAAACAAAAAGAGAUGACUUCGUUUGAAGACAAACCGAACAAGGGAUAAUUAUAUAGAGAACAUAAAGUAACAAAUUAAAGACAAACCUCAAGUGAAAUGUUAACAAUGUUUAAUUUAAAUAAAUUAAAAUGCGCUUGGAAUAGA